AACGAUUUCUUGUGCAAGGCGGCGUAUGAAGCUAGAAAGCAGCACAGCUGGAAGAGAAAAAGAGCUCCGCUGUCAUUCACGGCUGACGAGCUGUGGACCACACUUUUCAUUCCGGACAUCAUGAAUGGAUAAAAGUCCUAACAGCUCUCUCAUUUUUUUCACACCUUUCACAGUUACUCAGUCUGUACAACAGCAAACACUCACUGGAACCCCUCAUCAAGACGCACACACCCCAUCAAUAUGAGCACUCGAGCCUGUCGAUUUUUCUUGGCAGGCAACUGCAGGAACGGCGCCAGUUGCCGUUUCUACCACGAAGGUUUCUCCUCACUUCCACUAGAAACUAGGGCAGAGGCCCAGGAGGCCCAGGAGGCCCAGGAGGCCCAGGAGGCGACAUCCGCAUCAUCGGGAAGCCGUAGUGAGCGUAGGACCUCAUCUUCGGACCGCCCAGCCUACGCCGCGACCCGUCCUUGCCACUGGUACAUGGCCGGAUAUUGUCAUCGCGGGGACUCUUGUUGGUUCUCGCAUGACCGUGGUGUCAUCAACACAGCCUAUGGCGGGACAGAGGAUACCAUCGAACUGAGUGACGACGAAGAAGAGGAAGGAAUACCAGAAAAUGCCGUGGAGGAUGAGGAUGAGGAUGACCAAAAGUGCGCCAUUUGUUUUGAAGUGCCCCAAACAUUCGGCUUACUCGUAUCAUGCAACCACGCUUUUUGCCUGACUUGUAUCCGCACCUGGCGAUCCAAGGAGAUAUCAUCAGACCUUCACGACAGCAGCAGCGGGAGUAUGUCAGUGACCAAAGCAUGCCCCAAUUGUCGGACGCCUUCUCUCUAUGUAGUCCCUUCAUCCUUCUUCCCAACGUGUGCGGAGCAAAAGGAAAUCAUCAUUCAGAACUACAAGGAGGCCACUUCUCGAAAACCCUGUAAAUAUUUCAAGGAAUCUGGCGAACGACGUUGGUGCCGCUUCGGCGACGACUGCCACUUUGCACACUUGGAUGAGAACGGCGAGCCCUGCAAGGUCAACCCAGAUUCGGAUCCCAGACGUAACAGAUCACGAAGGCACCAUGGACGGAGAUAUGAUUUUACGCAUCGCGAUGUCUGGGACACCUGGCAGGCGGCCAGUGACCAACUGGGCGGUGAUUUUGAAACCCUUGAGACUUUGUUGCUCGAGCUCUCACGACUUCGACUUCGUUAUGAAAGAAGCAGUGAUCCGGACACAUGGGACGGCGAUGUUGAUGGUGUUAUCCACAGCCUUCAUGAUCUCGAGGAUACAUAUAGUAGUUGGAGGCAGCAGGAGUGGGAUAUUGAAGAUGGCGAUGACGAUGAUGAUUAUGAAGAUUAUGAAGACGAUGAAGACGACCAUGCCGGGUGGGAUAUCCAAGACGUGGAUGACGAAGAGCUCUACACACGAUGGGGCGACAUUUAAUGCGUGAGAUUUCCAAGGACAUUGUUUUUUUUUUUUGCUGGCUUCAGUCCUAUACAUUAGGUCGCGCUAAUAUUCGCCACUGCUCUGCGCUGCGCGCUUCGAAGCACUUUCGUUUGUACAUGUCGUCAUUUUCCUGUAUCUUGCCUCUCUCCACAAUCAGGUCUGCAAAU